AUGAAGACAGCUUUUAUCCCUGCCCUCUUAUCUAGUUUCAAUGCACAAUACUUCGCCUUGGGCCGGAGCCUUCAAAAGCCGAACACCCCCUACCAUGGGUUUGUGUUGACACCUGAUUCACCUUACGCGACCCUCGACUACGGGGCUGAGGUGGCCGGCUUCCCUACCUUGGAAAUCACCAAUAUCGACGGCCCAACACAAAUUGAGGUCAAGUACAGUGAGCAGCUCAGUGGAUUAGCCGAGCCUUUCAGCGACGGUCCCAGCUUGUUUGUGGCCAGUCUUGCCAACUCCUUCCGCGUGGAAACCUUCAAUAUAACUAGUGCUGGGAAUUUGAGCUCCAAGCUGUUGCAGGGGGGGCCAACGCUGGCAAAGUAUUCGCUUGCUUACUCAGAACACGGUAGAAAUUCGAUCAGUUCAUCUGUCGGUGCGGUGGACACUGAUAAUCUUCCCGGAUCUUUCCACUCGUCAAACAAGUUGUACAAUGAGAUCUGGAGUCUGGGUGCUCGUGCAGUCUCCCUAUCAUGCUUCGACGCAGGGUCACAGAAGCCUACCAUGGAGGUCUCUGCCCAAGGAUCCAAGGUAUCCAGCAGCCUCCCCAACUACUCGUCUUUGACCUACAACUUCACCGAAUACGACAUGGAAUUCGAUGCCAAGAUUGCUCGAGGGGGCUUUAUCUGGUCAGUCGGCUACAAUUUCGGCAUUCGAUCCUCCGGAGGCAUUUUAAUCAAUUUGGCCGGCAAAUACCCAGAAGAGACGACCUACGUCAACACAAACAAGACACUAUUUCCCCCUUCUACAAUAACCUUGGCCCACGGAGUGAGCUUUGUCAACCAAACCACUUUGACAUCCUACAAACUGGCCUCAUUCAAAGUUCCAUUCGAUCUAGAAGAAAGCUUGUGGCAUCGAAUCUCGACUAGUGUUCGGUCCAACCAUUUGGCUGUUAGCGUGAACCAGACCCAACUAUUCAAUGUCUCCUUAUCUAGCUAUUAUGUAGGUGGAUCGUCAAUCUCAACCUCUGGUGCUUUUGGUUUUGGUGCAUGGCAAGAUCAGUCUGCCUACAUUCGUGGAGUCUACGCCCGUGAUACCACUGGAAACAUGAUUUAUCACAACUCCAUGACAAACGCCGCCCUUGUUCUCCCCGAGUACGGCCAGCAUGAGAACUACUUCCCAACCUGUGUGGAUGGCGCGAAGCGCGAUCGUCUGGCCUGGCUUGGAGACUUCCUGCAUACCACAAGAAUUAUUGGCGUCACAACUAAUCGCAGCGAUCAUAUUACUGGCACCUUCAAGCUGCUUCUUAGCGGCCAACUUUCUAGCGGCCAGCUUCCCAUGGCCCCAUCCCUUGGCUAUUCACCGGAUAUUGCGCCGAAAACCUUUGCAGUCAGCGGGAUCGCAUAUCUGCUGCCGGACUAUCAGAUCCUCGCCCUCAUCUCCUUUGUUUCUUACAUGGAGCAUACCAACGACACUGCAUUCGCCUGCGAACACUGGAUCGCGUGGAAGGCUGCAGUUCAAUGGCUUGCAGAGUAUCGCGACGAGUCCACUGGACUCAUUGACUUUUCGCAAUUCGGCAAUGCCUUCCUGGGCCCCAGCAGUGGCUCGGCCGUCAACGCCGCCUCUAUCGAGGCAUUCAAGGGCAUGGCCUCUGUUGCUUCAGCCAUUGGAGAUGCUUCAUCGGCUAAUAAGUGGGCUACAAUUUACAAAUCUCUCCAAGCAACUCUCAAUGCUCACCUGUGGAGUGAGGAAUAUGGUGUCUACUCCAUCCAGGAGUCACAACCCGGGAACUUCUCUAUUUCUGCUCUCGGUUUUGCCAUCACGUCCGGAUCAGCCAAUGCCACCCAGAUCAACCUCGCAUUGUCUAAAUUACAUUCUCUCAAGCUGGGACCGGGGUAUCGUGACUCGAGUCUGGUCGCCUCAUCGGAUUUGGACGCCAACCUGUCACCCAAUACCAAUGGCUUCCUUCUCCCAGCUCUCCUACAGCAGAAGCAAGCAGCUCCGGCCAAAUUCCUGCUGAACAACCUAUGGGGCGCAAUGGUCAGUAACGACACUACCAAAUCGGGUUCUACUUGGGAGUAUGUGAACCAGAAGUCCCAGCCGGGGUAUGGCCAGUUCACCUCUCUGAGCCACCCUUGGGGCGGAGCUGCGACAUACGCACUUACAAACUAUGUGGCUGGUAUUCGGCCGGUGAGCUUUGGAUAUAAGUCGUGGAUCGUUGAGCCAGCCUACGCAGGAUUUGGAUUGGAUGAAGUGAGCGCCACGGUCCCCACACCCCAUGGACCUUUGAGCGUUGCAUGGACGGUGAGGAGCAGUGUAGUCACAGUUACUAUCGAUGCUCCGGCGGGAACAACUGGAAAGCUAGUCUUGAGCCAGGGCUGGGCGUGCCAGGGUGAAUUCGCGAGCCAGAACUGUGAUAAAAUCAAGGAUUUUGUCCAUGAGAUUCAGAGUGGAGGUUUACAUCACUUCACUCACUCAGUGAGGGCUUGA